AUGAAGUUCCGUGAUGGCAUGUGGCUUGUCGCCGAGGGCAAGCGAUUGGAGUAUGCUGAAGAAGUGUAUUCUAUCAACGAAACUGAAGAUGGCAAGAAACUCACUCUGCUCUGCCCUACCAUGCAAAUCCGCAGCAGAGGUGAUACCUUGAACCGCCCCACUCUGACAGUGGAACUGGAAGCCGCAAUGGACGACGUCCUCUCAGUUCAAAUAACCCACUGGCACGGCGCCCUGAACAAAGGCCCCCAUUUCGACCUCUUCCCCUCCGGAAGACCGACCGUGAACGCCAAUAUCCAAAAGACAGAGAAAGGAACUACGCUUUCGGCAGGAAACCUUUCAGCAACCGUCUCUUCAACCCCCCACACCUUCGACAUACGCUUCCACAACAAGACCAACACUCACAAACUCACCUCCCUUCAAAACCGCAGUGUUGGCCUCUCCUACUCCCCCGCCACCUCCUCUCCAAUGCAAACCUCAGACAUGCGCAACAUAAAUCACCACAUUCUAACUCAAUCCACCCUGAGCGUCGGCGAACAAAUCUACGGCCUAGGUGAACGUUUCGGCGCCUUGAAUAAAGUCGGCCAAGCGAUUUCCCUCUGGAACGCAGAUGGAGGAACUUCUUCCGAGCAAGCUUACAAGAACAUUCCAUUUUGGAUGAGUAACAGGGGAUAUGGUGUCUUCAUCGAUGCGCCGGAGAGAGUGGAGUUGGAGGUGGGGAGUGAAAGAUGUUGUAGGGUGCAGACUUCUGUGGAGGGACAGAGGUUGAAGUGGUAUAUCAUCUAUGGACCUUCGCCGAAGGAGAUUCUGGACAAGUAUACUACGUUGACGGGAAAGCCCGGAAAAGUGCCCAGUUGGAGCUUUGGUCUUUGGCUCAGCACAUCUUUCACAACAGAAUACGACGACGCCACCGUUCUUUCCUUCCUCGAAGGCAUGCGCGCCCGCUCCAUCCCCCUAGAAGUCUUCCACUACGACUGCUUCUGGCUCCGCGCCUUCCACUGGUGCGAUUUUAUCUUCUCUCCCGCCCACUUCCCCGACCCUGCCUCUUCCAUUUCCAAACUCAAAGCUUCCGGCUUGAUGAACAAAGUCUGCGUCUGGAUAAACCCUUACCUUGGUCAAGCAUCUCCUGUUUUCAAGGAAGCGGCGGAAAAAGGAUAUCUGUUGAAGAGAAAGAAUGGGGAUAUCUUUCAGUGGGAUCUGUGGCAGAGUGGGAUGGGUAUUGUGGAUUUUACUAACCCUGCUGCUGUGGAGUGGUAUGUGGGAUGUCUCAACAAACUCUUCGAUAUCGGGGUCGACAGCAUCAAGACCGAUUUCGGAGAACGCAUCCCUAGUAAAGAUGUGGUUUGGUUUGACAGCAGUCUGGAUCCUGAAAAGAUGCAUAAUUAUUACGCGUUCAUUUACAACAAGGUUGUCUACGAGGCAUUGCAAAAGAGAUUUGGAAAAGAUGAGGCUGUGUUGUUUGCCAGAGCUGCGACGGCUGGUACUCAGCGGUUCCCAUUGCAAUGGGGAGGUGACUGCGAAAGCACUUUUGAAGCUAUGGCUGAGAGUCUGCGUGGUGGGCUUUCGCUGGGCAUGUGUGGAUUCUCCUUCUGGAGUGUCGACAUUGGCGGAUUCGAAGGUACACCUGACGCUUCGAUCUACAAACGCUGGGUCCAAUUCGGUCUACUUUGCUCGCACUCGCGACUCCACGGUAGCAACUCCUACCGCGUUCCCUGGCUGGUCGACAACGACGACGAGACCGAACAAGGCUGCAGUGCGGUACUCAGAAAGUUUACGCAGUUAAAGUGUAGAUUGAUGCCGUAUUUGUACAGUACGGCUAUGGAGAGCAUCAAGCAUGGUUUGCCUGUCAGUGUGAGGGCCAUGGCGAUUGAGUUCCCAGAGGACAAGACAGCUUGGUUGUGCGAUCAGCAAUUCAUGCUUGGGGAGAGUCUGCUGGUUGCUCCUGUGUUCGAUGAGAGCGGAGGGGUUGAGUUUUAUCUGCCUGCAGGCAAGUGGACUAGCUUCUGGAACGAUGAGGUUGUGGAGGGGCCAAAGUGGGUCAAGGAGACGCACAAGUUUGAUACUUUGCCGUUGUAUGUCAGGGAGGGAAGUAUCCUGAUUCUUGGCAAGGAAGGAGAAAUGAGGACAACUUGGGACUGGACCAAGGAUGUCGAGGUCAAGACAUUCUUCCCCAACGAGAAGUCGAGUUUCAAGCUCGUGGACCCGGACAACAAGAAUCUGGCUACUAUCACCGCAGUCAAGGAAGGGGAUGAAUGGAAGGUCAAGGGCACUGAUGCUUUGGCUUGA